GCGCCUGAGACCCUGCGUCUUUUUCCUCAUUCCUGCUUCCUGCGUUUCACAUUUUCAUAUCAGUUUAUAAUUAUGUUUAGAUCACUAGUGUAAAUUUUUUAUUGUUGACCUUACAACUACAUUCCUUUAUUGCAUUUGAUAAUUACCUGUGUGUAUUAGUACUUAGUAUUUGUAAUUAAAUAGGUAGUUUUUCAUUAGGCCUGCUGCCUGCAAAUAAUUUUGCUAGAAAGUAAAACUACUCUGUACUCUGUGAUAAAAUGAAUCUGGAUAAGUUAGUAGUAGUGUUUGAUAGUCCUACAGAUACCUAUUAUGCUGGUCAAAACGUCACGGGACAAGUACAGCUAUUACUGAUGGGGCCAAAGAAAAUAAGAUCUUUGCAGAUAAAAUUUGUGGGUAAGGGAGAAGUGAAAUGGUCAGAACAAGUGAAGAUUGAGGGCAGGACUCAAUUGGAAAAUAUAGUCUACUCGGAUGAUGAGGAGUAUUACACUUUCAAGUAUAACUUGGCUGGAGGAGGAAACAGCGAGCUGCAUCUGCCUCCUGGCCAGCACAACUUCUCGUUCGCGGCUUGCCUGCCGCCCGGGCUUCCUGCGUCGUUCGAGGGCGACCGAGGCUUUGUGAGGUACUCGGUAACUGCCACACUCGAGCGACCCUGGAACUCCAGCGAAUAUGCCACCGCUAUAUUCACCGUCAUCUCGCCCAUUGAUCUCAACUACAAUCCACUCGCAAAGGUAACAAAUAGUAUACACUUACCUAUAGUAUAGUGAGGUCCACUAUUA